GUAUACAGAUUGGGUCUAAAACUCAGAGCUCAGUAAUGGUCAUCCAGGCAGCUCAGAACAAGGAAGAGUUUGAAGCGCACUGAGAGAGAAAUCAUUUAAUAAUUGUUGGCUUGUGGCCGAUUUGUGAGUUCAUGACUUUCAAUUUUGCUGUGCAAGCCAUAGACCAAAUUAUAAACUCUGCUGCCAAGACUUACUACAUGUCUGCUGGGCUGCAGUCCGUCCCCAUCGUGUUCCGAGGCCCCAGUGGCCACGCUGCUGGAGUGGCAGCCCAGCAUUCCCAGUGCUUUGCAGCCUGGUAUGGGCAGUGCCCCGGGCUCAAGGUGCUCAGCCCCUGGAGCGCCGAUGAUGCUAAAGGACUCCUAAAAGCUGCCAUCAGAGAUGACAACCCAGAUCAUCAGUCUCCGCAGUAUCCGGCCCCUGGGUAUGGAGGCGAAUGAAAGCAGCGUGGCGAAGACCCAUCACCAGGUCACCGUGGAGGGGG